CACUUUCUUCGGGCUUCGACCACGCCACAGUUGUGAGAGGAGAGGAGGGCGAGAUGGGUAGCCUCGGCCGCCACCACCCACGCCCACGGUCGUCGUCGGCGGCGCCCCUCGAUGAUGACAACCUGCUCUCCGAGAUCCUCCUCCGCCUCGACCCACAGCCGUCCUCCCUCCCCCGCGCUUCCGCCGUCAGCAGGCGCUGGCGUCUCCUCGUCUCCGACCCCGGCUUCCGCCGCCGCUUCCGCCUCCACCACAACCGCAACCCUCCCCUCCUCGGUGUCCUUGAAAAAGUUUUGGGCGGCGAUCUGUCCUUGGUACCUACCGUGGAGGCCCCCAAUCGCUUCCCGGCGGGGGCCUUGUCUCUGAGGCUCGACGACUUCUUCGUGCCCAUCGGAUGUCGCCAUGGCCUUGUGCUCGUGUUCCUCUCGCUCGAUUCUUGGAGAGAGAUCCUGGUGUGGGAUCCCAUCACCGCCGAGCAGCACCGGAUCCUGUUGCCCCCUGGGUUUAUGACGCGCGGGGGGGAGGGCAUGAUAAAUGGGGCCGUGCUUCGGGCCGCCGGAGACGACGACGACUUCCAGGUGGUCGUGGUGAUGGCAGACAAAGGCAGACCACAAAGGCGAGCUUUCGUGUGUGUCUACUCUUCAAAGACCGGCGUAUGGGGUGAGCUCGUAUCAACAUUGCUUCCAUCUAUGGCUCUGACUGAUGUUGCUUGCACGGGCAUGCCCGCUGUGCUGGCUGGAAAUUCUCUUUACUGGUUGCUUGUUGGGAAGAUUUCUGUAAUUCUCGAGUUUGAUAUGGAGACACAAAGCCUGGCCUUGAUACAGGUGCCAGUGCAUAUGCUUGAAGGGGGGCGUCCCCUAAACUGGAUCAUGCGGGCAGAGGGUGGUGGCCUUGGUUUACUCUUCGAGACAGACUUCAGCUUCCAAUUAUGGAAGAGGAACACAGAUUCUAAUGGUGUUUUUUCAUGGGUACUUGGAAGAACUAUCGGACUGGAGAAGCUACCUUUCCUGAAUUCAGAGAAGAAAGACAUGAGCAUACUAGCGCUCGCCGAGGAAAACAAUGUGAUGUUCAUAAGGAAAGGUGGCGUCGUCUUUAUGGUCCAUCUUGACUCAUUGCAGUUCAAGAAACGUCUUGAAGACGACAACGUUACUUAUUAUGAGCCAUUCGAAAGUGUCUACACCGCAGGUAUCUAGAGCUACAUUCUAAUGGCUGGGAGACAGAAAUGAGUUGCUGGGUGUAGGUUCUUUCAUUUUGUAUGCUCGACGUGGGCUCUCUAUGUAACAUGCAAGGAUCAGCUAUGAGGUGGACCUGUACCUCCCGUCUUUAUCAAAUUCUUGUGGACUUUCAUCAACUGGCAUGAAGAUUGAAGGCACAUUACCUUGGUUCGACAAAUUAGCACUCAGCUUGUGGUUUAUUUAUUUGGCUUUAUACUUUUCAAGCAAGCUGUUUUGCUUGCAUUUUUAGUGUGUGCUCAUGUGUGCAUGCGUAUGAUUAUCUCCCAUGCUGCAUCAGGUGGUGAGAUCUCGAGUCAGAUUUCUGCUUAUGUUCAAUGACGUCUCAUUAUGUGUGUUUUUGUUUAAUUUCUGUAUGGUUCGAAAUUGAGUAUUUAGAAUCCUAGUUCUGAGUAAUGAAUGUUGGGAAAAG